AUGGACCCAAAUCCGCGGGCAGCCCUGGAGCGCCAGCAGCUCCGCCUUCGGGAGCGGCAGAAAUUCUUUGAGGACAUUUUACAGCCUGAGACAGAGUUUGUCUUCCCCCUGUCCCACCUGCAUCUCGAGUCGCACAGACCCCCCAUAGGUAGUAUCUCAUCCAUGGAGGUGAAUGUGGACACACUUGAGCAAGUGGAACUUAUCGACCUGGGGGAUCAGGACGGAGCUGACGUGUUCUUGCCUUGCGAAGAUCCUCCACCGACCCCCCAGGCAUCUGGGGUGGACGACCGUCCCGAGGAGCCGAGCCUGCCAAUGCCCACGGCAGACAGGACCACAUCCCGCACUUUCUCCUCGUCCUCUGACUCCUCCACCAAUCCGCACAGCCCGGAUGUCAGUGAUCGCGGAGCAGACACGCCCUUGGCACAGUCUGACGAGGAGGAGGAUGGGGGAGAUGGCGGGGCAGAGCCUGGAGCCUGCAGCUAGCAGUGGGCCCACACCUACAGACUGAUUGAGCUGCCUAUUCUCCACUUGAGACCGCAGGCCCAGCCAGAGCGCUUCGAGAAGACCAGACUCUUUACCUGCAGUAGGCACCAGAGGGGGGAAAGGAUGGUGGGUGGUGUACCUUUCUGGAAAUUAACCCGCUCCUGCUUUACUGCUAACCUUUCCCUGCUGCAACCUCCCUGCCAGGUUUUGGCUUACUCCUGAGGUAGGGCCUGCAAGUGAGGAGAUGGAAGACGAGAUAGGACAAGAUGCCACUGCUUUUCUUAGCACUCUUCCCUCCUCCAAACUAUCCUGCAGUCUCCUGAUAGCGUCUCCUAAACCAGUGUCUCUAAAUGGACGUGAACUCCUUAACACUCCCAGUGAGAUGGUACUCCAGCCAGCCUGCUUCCUUACAUCCUUUUCGGAACAGGGCACGGUAUGAAUAAUAAACAGAUAAUAAUA